AUGGCAGCUGAGGCGCAGAGACAGCGUUCUCUGUCUACGUCAGGAGACUCGCUCUACCUGGUCCUGGGGAUCGACAAGAACGCCACGCCGGAGGACAUCAAGAAGUCCUACAGGAAACUGGCCCUGAAGUUCCACCCAGACAAGAACCCAGACAACCCCGAGGCUGCUGAUAAGUUUAAGGAAAUCAACAACGCCCACUCCAUCCUGAACGACUGUACCAAGAGGAACAUCUAUGAUAAGUACGGAUCCCUGGGACUGUACGUGGCCGAGCAGUUUGGAGAGGAGAACGUCAACACCUACUUUGUCCUCUCCUCCUGGUGGGCCAAGGGCCUGUUCAUCUUCUGUGGCUUGGCGACUGGCUGCUACUUCUGCUGCUGUCUGUGCUGCUGCUGUAACUGCUGCUGUGGGAAGUGUAAACCGCGGCCGCCCGUGGAUCAGGAACCAGAGUUCUACAUCUCCCCUGAAGACCUGGAGGCGCAGAUGCAGUCUGACGAGAGAGACGUUGGUGGUGACCCCAUCAUGAUGCAGCCGUCUGGAACAGAAACCACCAGGCUGACGUCAGACAACCACUCCUCCUACCGGACCGACACCGGACACAACUAA